GGAUAGUUUGUGAUUUCUGUGUUCAAAUCCUGUGAAAAUAUCCAACCCAACCUAACUAUAAGUUAUUAUAACAAUACCGACAGUUGUGCAAAAUUAUAUAUUGAAUCCAAUUAAUCAACAGACCAAAGAAUCACAGAAAAUCUCAAAUCUCAAAUAUAAUAAACCUGCUAUUAUUGUGAUUUCUAUCCCUAUCAAUUGGGGUAUGGCAAACCAAGAAAAUCUCCCUUUAUAUGAAAAAAUAUGGCUCAAACGCACAUUUCAGAGAGCUAUAGACAUCUUGAUUUUACUUCUCUUAUUCUCUCUUCUUAGUUACCGUCUUUUCUCCAUCAAUAACACCUUCACACUUCCAUGGUUUCUUGCUUUCUCAUGUGAAUCUUGGUUUACUUUCACUUGGAUUGUUCUUCUUAAUGCCAAAUGGAGUCCUGCUGUCACCAAAACAUACCCAAACCGUCUCCUUCAACAAGUACCUGAGCUACCGCGUGUGGACUUGUUUGUGACAACAGCAGAUCCUGUUCUUGAACCACCAAUCAUCACGGUGAAUACGGUGUUAUCUUUGUUGGCACUUGAUUAUCCAGCUAAUAAGCUAGCUUGUUAUGUUUCUGAUGAUGGUUGUUCUGUUUUUACCUUUUAUGGUCUUUUGGAAGCAUCCAAAUUUGCUAAGUUUUGGGUACCUUUCUGUAAAAAGUAUAACAUUCAAGUUAGAGCACCUUUUAGAUAUUUUUCUGAAGUUACCAAAAGUGAAGAUUCACAACAAUUCAAACAAGAAUGGUUACUAAUGAAGGAUAUGUAUGACAAUCUUUGCCAAAAAAUUGAAGAUGUGACCCGAAAUCCGAGUUCAUUCAAAUUUGAGGGAGAAUUUGCAGUGUUCUUAAAUACAGAAAAAAGAAAUCAUCCGAGUAUAAUUAAGGUUAUAUUGGAUGGUCUUUCUGAUGGAUUGCCUCACUUAAUAUACGUAUCGAGAGAGAAGAGACCAAAGUAUGAACAUAAUUACAAAGGCGGAGCUAUGAAUGUGUUGACAAGAGUUUCUGGAUUGAUGACGAAUGCUCCCUUUAUGUUGAACGUAGACUGUGACAUGUUUGUGAACAAUCCAAAGAUUAUUCAACAUGCUAUUUGCAUUUUGGUUGAUUCUAAAAAUGGAAAAGAUGUUGCUUUUGUUCAAUGUUUCCAACAAUUUUAUGAUGGAAUUAAAGAUGACCCUUUUGGAAAUCAAUGGGUGGCUGCAUUUGAGUACAUAAUAAGGGGCAUGGCAGGACUUCAAGGACCUCACUAUUGUGGAACAAACACCAUCCACAGAAGAUAUGCUAUUUAUGGUUUUUACCCUAAUGAAAGACAAUAUGUAAAAAAAGGAAAAUUAGCAGAGAAGAUACUAAUACAGCAAUUUGGAAGUUCAAAGGAGUUUAUCAAAUCAGCAACACAAGCUAUAGAAGGGAGUGAUCAUUCUACUAAUGGAAUUAGUUCUUCCAAUUUUAUUGAAGAAGCAAUCCAAGUAUCUAAUUGUGGAUAUGAAUAUGACACUUGUUGGGGUAAAAAGAUGGGUUGGGUAUAUGGAUCAAUAACUGAAGAUGUACCAACUGGAUUGAAUAUUCAUAGAAAAGGUUGGAGAUCAGAGCCUAUUACGCCUGAUCCAACCGCGUUUAUGGGCAGCGCUCCGGGAGGAUUACUGACUACAAUGGUCCAACAAAAGAGAUGGGGUUCAGGCCUCACUGUUGUCUUCUUUAGCAAGCAUUCUCCUGUUAUGGGCAUACUCUUUGGUAAAAUUCAAUUCAGGGCAGGCUUGUCUUAUUUUUGGCUCACUAAUUGGGGUUUGCGUUCUGUCUUUGAAGUUUCUUAUGCAGCCUUAGUUGCUUAUUGCAUAAUCACCAAUACCAAUAUCUUUCCCAAGGGACUUGGGCUAUGGAUUCCUUUGACUCUUUUUGGGAUCUAUACUAUACAUACACUACAAGAGUAUCUAUCAAAAGGGUUGUCAAUAAGAUGUUGGUGGAACAAUCAAAGAAUGAUUACAAUAAGAUCAACAAGUGUAUGGUUUAUUGGAUUUUUAAGUGCCAUGGUUAAGCUCUUAGGGAUAUCUGAUACAGUCUUUGAAGUAACACAAAAGGAAAAUCCAAAUUCUGUUGCUGCUGCUGGAGAUGAUGCAGAUGCUGGUAGGUUCACAUUUGAUGAGUCCUCAGCUUUUGUGGUUGGCACAACCAUUUUGCUUGUGCAAUUGACAGCACUUGUUGUUAAGAUUUUGGGGGUGCAAUUAGAAGCUCACAGUGGGAAUGGUUGUGGAAUAGGUGAAUUGAUGUGUAGUGUGUAUUUAGUAGUUUGUUACUGGCCAUUUCUGAAAGGGUUGUUUGCUAGGGGUAAAUAUGGGAUUCCAUUAUCUACCAUUUUCAAGUCAGCAUUGCUUGCUUUUAUUUUUGUGCAUUUUUGUAGAAUCACUGUUACAAGAUCAACAAUAAAUUAGUCCAAGUGAAAAGAAUUUUGAUUCCCUUAAGUAUGUAGUCAAGGGUUCGAUUCCUAACUCAUAUGUACCGAGAAAUUCGGUUGAAAGGAAAAACUCACUUUGUCUGUCCCAUAAAUUUCCCGACAGAGAUUAGUGAUCAUUAACGAGGGUGAAAAUUUCACACCAAUGUCAGGGUAACUCAAACAAAAAAAUUGUUGUAUAAGUUGAUAUUGUUCUUGAAAUUUAUAAUGGAAUAUUUCUAUGUAUAGUUUGUUCUCCAUUUUUUUUAUCAAUAGUUUGUUCUCAUU